GCGAUCGUCUGCGCCUUACCACACGAGGCUGCCGCUGUGAGAGCGUUGUUUGACCACUGCUGGCCAGCAGGUUUUGGCAAUGCUCCCUUCGAUCCCAAUGCAUACACGACUGGCCUCAUGAGCGGGCACAAUGUAGUACUCAUCCAUCUUGCUCAGAUGGGAAACAAUCCCGCUGCGAUAGCUGCCCAAGCGUGUCAACAAAGCUUCCCAAAUAUCCAACUUGUGCUCGUAGUCGGGGUCUGCGGCGGUGUUCCUCAGUGUCAAGGCGACACGUUCCUCGGCGAUGUCAUCAUCAGCGAUAGCGUCCUGCAAUACGAUUUCGGGCGGCAUUACGGCGAUCGGCUCGUGCCCAAGACAGACCUCGCCGGAUCACUCUCAAGACCGAACCUCAAGAUUCGCGCUCUGUUGAACAAGCUUCGAACUUUCGAAGAAAAGGCGGCACUUCGCAGGGACCUGCAAGAAUACAUGAGUCUUUUGAGCUCGCAGGCAGAGUUGCUAGCACACUAUCCCGGCGAAAGGAGCGACCUACUAUUUCGGGCUGCGUACGUGCACAAACAUCGAAAUUCCGAGUGCAGUACCUGCGAUAGAGCCUCUGGUGCUGGCUAUGUCUGCGAUGAGGCGCGGGUGGCGAGUUGCACUGAUGUGGGCUGUGACCCCGUCAAUGUCGUUCUGCGCCAACGCCCGCCCUCUGAGGUUCCGUCCAACAGUAUACCAGAUGUACAUGUGCCACAAGUCCGCAUUGGUCCAGUCGCGUCGGGGGACAGUGUCAUCAAAUCCGGAGAGUACAGAGAUAUGAUCAGCCAGUCGACUGGUGUUAUUGCGUUCGAAAUGGAGAGCGCAGGUGUCUGGGACAUAUUCCCUUGCCUGGUUAUCAAGGGGGUGUGUGACUAUAGCGACAGCCACAAGAAUAAGCGAUGGCAGCCCUACGCCGCCGCAGCUGCCGCAGCCUGCAUAAAGGCGUUUCUUCAGAGGUGGGAAUCGACAGGAAGUGUCAGACCAUACAGGCGGCCUGCCAGUCUUGCCGCCCCGCAAAGCAGGCUCACCAAGAACCAGCGGGAGGAAAUGAUGACGACCUUACGAUUCAAGCAAAUGGAUGCACGGCUCUUGACGCUGAGAAGUGCACAGACGAGGACAUGUCACUGGCUUAAAUCUCUGGUUCUACCAUUCUUCUUCAAUGCCCGUGGAGAAACCCUGGAGAAGUCGACACUGGGUCUUUAUCGCUCGCUGUUGCUUCAGCUCCUUGAGAAGGCCCCCGAGACUCAAUCAUCGCUCGAAGCUCACGAUGGCACCCUUUAUUCCCUGGUCAAGGAUAUUGGUUGGCAGGACGAAUGCCUCAAAGACGUUCUGCGCCUGGCGGUCCAAUCUCUUGCCAGCAAUAAGUGUGUGGUCUGUUUCGUCGAUGCACUAGACGAAUGCCCAGAGGACGAAAUUCGCAGCAUGGUGGCGUUCUUUGAGGAGGUGGGCCGGCUUGAAAAGUCAGCCGAGAUUCGGGUAUGCUUCUCGAGCCGGCAUUACCCCGAGAUCACUAUUCGGACCGGUCUACAAAUCACACUGGAGCUUAACCCGAGCCACUCGGACGAUAUUCGUCUUUAUAUCGACACAAACCUUACCGUUGGAAACAGCGUUGUUACCGAUGACAUCAAAAUCGAUCUCAUACGCAAGUCCUCUGGGAUUUUCCUUUGGGUUGCUCUGGUCGUUCCCAUGCUGAACAAAGCUUACGACAAGGGCCGUCUCAAAGCGCUGAAGCAGAAGUUGCACGAGAUACCAGCGGGGUUGCAUGAGCUAUUUCGGGGCAUGCUCACCAGAGAUGGUGAGAACACCAACGAGCUGUUGUGUUGCGUUCGUUUUGUCCUGUUUGCCGCCCGGCCUCUCACGCCAACAGAGCUGUUGUCUGCGGUCGAGAUUGAAACAGAAUUGAACGGUACAUUACCGCAGCCUGGGCCAAGGUCUGACGAUGCUACAACCCAGCGAAGACGCAUAAUUGAUAUCUCCAAAGGCUUGGCCGAGAUUACGAUUUCCAGCCAUCCGACUGUGCAGUUCAUCCAUGAAUCGGUCCGAGAUUUCCUGGAAAAAAGUGAUUGGCUGCAUCAGUUGUUCUCAACGUCCAGCAAUUUCGAAGCCCAAUCUCAUGAGACACUCAAACGACUAUGCUUCUUACAUCUCAGGUGUAACGAUGCCUGUUUUAGCUCGGCCUGCCGGCCGUCGCUGAUGAGUCAUUAUUGCUACCCAUUGAAAGGAUACGCUCUCAACCAUGUGUUGUCCCACGCCAACAGCGCACACGAACUCGGCUUGAAUCAGGGCACGUUUUUGGAAACCGAGUUCCAAUUGAAUAUCUUCUUGGAAGCGCAAGGGGAACGAAAUCAAACAUCGCCCGCUCCGCGAGUCCAUCUCGUAUAUUGCUUAGCUGCAGCUGGACACGCCGCGCUAAUACGCCUGCUUAAGCCGGGAGGCGAUGCUGUCACACUGGUGGAACUUAAGAGAUGUAUGGGGGCAGGCCAAUUUCCAGUCGCUUGUGCACUAUGGCGCGGCCAUGUCGAAGCAGCAUACGCGCUUUUAGGACUACCUUCACCUACUGGUGACUUUCUGCUUGACUCCAAGGCUACGUUGACCGGCGUCAAUCAGGAACUAGUCGCGACGAGAACACCGAGUGUUAUCCCAGUCCUUUGCCAGUACGGCGACAUUGUGCUAAUCGAAGCUGCGCUCAAUCUUGGGGUUCUUAUCGACUCUGAGACGGCCGCUGCCUGCAUCCAAGCAUGCUCGUCAGAGGCAGUGGUGGAAUUGCUGGCUCGGAGGGGGUUCUUUGACAUCCUAUCGCUGAAGAGGGAACGAAAGGUUUCCAGUCUCGAUUGCCUGCAACGAAAUUCAACCAAGUCUAAAAACGAUUUGUUCGAACAAAUCACAAAUAAGAAGCAUUGGGAAUGCGGCGGCCUUUGGCUCGGCGGCCUUUGGCUCAGCCCCCUUCAGUGGGCUGCGAGGAAAGGAUUUAAGGACAUAGUGAAGGUGUGCUACAAGGCUGCGGACUUUCAGGAACUCCAAUGGGCCCUCUGGUUCGCAGUCGGCGCUUCAGGGAACCAGACCGAUCGGUCUGCCGUUAUCCCGCUUCUGUUCGAAUCUGGGUUGCAACUGCCCGAAAGCUUCUGUGAUGGCUUACUCUCGAGGAGCAUUGAAAAUCCGGAUAACGAGCAAGUAUUCGAAGCCUUGUUGGCUGAGCUCCAUCGGAGCCAAAAGAACGUUCGCCAGAUGAUAUCAGAUGUACUUCGCUGUGCAACUACGGAGGGGCGCAAGACCUACAUGAAGCUGAUCCUGGCUGCUCGGAAGGAUCGAGACUAUGCCAGCCGAAGUAUGCUCAUGGAAGACGUCACGACGGGAGGCCCCUUGACAUUUGCCAUUCGACUGGACGAUCGCAGCUCUUUUUGCCACUUGAGCGAGCAUCCGGAUAAUAACGUCAAUGCUGUGGACAGAUACGGCCGUACUGCACUGUCGUGGGCUGCAGCAGUGGCAGACGAUGAAAUGGCGCUCAUGGUUCAGACUUUGACCACAUUUCCAAAGGCCAGAAUUGAUGCCAAUAUCGUGGACAACUCCGGGCAGACUGCACUCAUCCGCGCCGUGCGCUCAGGAAAUCCUAUGAUCGUGCAAGCUGUGCUCGCUAUUCCAGGCAUUGAUCCCGCUCGUGGGAAAUGCGGCGGCUUGGCCGCUCUUCAGCUGGCCGUCAAGCUCUGCCGUUGGAACAGUUACAAGACCUACUGGCACAUUUGCCACCUACUGUUGGAGAUCGGGAAAGCUGAUCCUAACUUUCAACCUGGGCGGACAAAAUCUGCGCUGACAAUGGCGAAAGAGUACGGUCUGACGGAACUCGUCACACUCAUGGAGAGCUUUAAUCAGUAUGGGUGCAAUGCCCCGGAGUUCCAGUCUAUGGAAUGGCACGGAACAGACAGCCCUUGGCCACACUUAGGAGUCAUACAGAGGCGUUGGGCCUCCCGGGGGAGGCAAUGA